AUGAAGACGCUAACGUGCACCGAGCCCUACUUCGUUAGCGAAGGCCUGUACACCGCAGCAGAGGAGCUGGAGAAUACGCGCGAGGUAACCCUACACGUGAUGACCAUCGGCGGCUUCAUCGAAGAACCGGGGAAGAAAGAUGACUUUGGCGUGGUCAGUGCUGCGCUGCGCCAGUAUCUUCCUGAACGGGACACCCCGUACAUAUUGGACGUCGACUUGGAUUUCUUCAGCACCAAGAAUCCGUUCAAAAGUCUGCAUGAUCAAGUCAACCUUUACGAUAAAUUGGCACCCUUGUAUGCUUUCAAACGACCAGAAUCAACAGAUCCUGAU